AUGGCCAAGAAUAACAUCACAACAGUAGAGGAAUUCAUUCUAGUUGGCUUUAAUGACCACCCAAAUUGGGAGAUUCCCCUCUUCCUAGUGUUUCUCAGCUUCUAUCUUGUCACCGUCCUGGGGAACUUGGGCAUGGCCAUUCUCAUCCAGGUAGAUGUCCAACUCCACACCCCUAUGUACUUCUUCCUGAGCCAUCUCUCUGUGUUGGAUGCCUGCUACUCCUCUGUCAUCACACCUCAGAUCCUGGCCACACUGGUCACAGGCAAUACAGUCAUCUCAUAUGGUCACUGUGCUGCCCAGUUUUUCUUCUUCACCAUCUGUGCAGGUACAGAGUGUUUCCUUUUGGCAGUGAUGGCCUAUGAUCGCUACAUUGCCAUUAGCAACCCACUGCUCUACACUGUAGCCAUGAGUCCUAGAAGAUGCUGGAGUUUGGUAGUAACAGCCUAUGUCUGUGGAGUGUCUGGGGCCAUCCUGAGAACCACAUGUACGUUUUCCCUCUCCUUCUGUGAAAAUAAUCAGAUCAAUUUCUUUUUUUGCGACCUCCCACCCUUGUUAAAGCUAGCUUGUAGUGACACAAGGAAUGCUGAAAUUAUCAUUGUAUUCUUCGGGAACUUUGUAAUUUUGGCCAAUGCCUUGGUCAUACUCAUUUCCUACCUGUUCAUCAUCAAGGCUGUCAUGAGGAUAAAGUCUUCAGGUGGAAGAGCCAAGACUUUUUCAACAUGUGUCUCUCACCUCACUGCUGUGUCUCUUUUAUUUGGGACCCUCAUCUUCAUGUAUAUACGAAGUGGUUCAAGAAAAUCCCUAGAAGAAGACAAAAUUGUGUCUGUCUUCUACACCGUGGUUAUUCCCAUGCUGAACCCUAUCAUCUACAGCCUAAGAAACAAGGAUGUGAAGGCUGCCUUGGAGAAAGUUACUAUUAGAUGCCAGGUUUCCCACAACAUACAACACUGA